AGAGCGGACCGCACGGAGCCGUGCACACGGAGCUCAUAAAUCCACUGACUUUACUCGACAGCACGCAGUGAAGAGAGCGAGAACACGUCCCUCACUCAAACUUUGUUAGACAUUUAUUUGUUUAUGCAAACAUUUCGUGGAGCCCACAAAUAUGCUGCUGUGUUCACACUGCGGAGGGAGAAGAGGUCAGCCUUAGAAUAAACUACACACAAGUUCAACUACGGACAGGAGGAAAGAAACUCUUGACGUGGACUCCCUGACCGUCUCUUUGCUGCUUUUCUUCGUUCUCUGAAACGUUUCGGACGCGCCAUCGUCCCGAUGGAAGCCAGAGGAAAGUACGACUUCGCUGCAACCGCAGACGACGAGCUCAGCUUCAGACGAGGCGACACUCUGAAGAUUCUAAGCCCACAAGACGAGUGGUACAAAGCAGAGAUGAACGGACUGGAAGGAUUCGUACCACAAAACUACAUUGAGAUGCAGACUCCGAGGUGGUUUCAGGAGAACGCCAGUCGCAGCGCUGCAGAGGAUCUCCUCCGGCACAAAGAUGUGGGAGCCUUUGUGAUCCGAGGAUGCCAGAGCUCCCCGGGAGACUUCUCCAUCUCCGUCAAACACGAGAACGAUGUCCAGCACUUCAAAGUGAUGAAGGACAACACAGGCCAGUACUUCCUGUGGUCGGAGAAGUUCACCUCCCUAAACAAGCUGGUGGAGUUUUACAAGUGCACGUCCAUCUCUAAAACCAGGGAGAUCUACCUUAACGACGGCAGCUCGGACAGCAGGAGCCCCUCCGCAGCUCAGGUGAAGAGGGGAAGUUUGCCUGAACAGCGUAGCACAGCUGCAGCCGUCGCCGCUGCACCGCGCCGAGCAUCAGACCAGCCUCCCAACCAGCUGGUUAAGAGAGUGGGUCUGGAGGAGCGAGCUCACACCAUCGGUCACACAGGAAGGAGCAGCCCCGUCACACCAGCGUAUCCUCCCCACCGCCUGUCUGAAACCAUGCCUCACCCUCAGAGGGCGUCCACACUGCAGGUGAAGGCGCUGUACAACUUCACCGCAGAGGAAGACGACGAACUCGGUUUCAGUGCCGGAGACAUCAUCGAGGUGUUGGAUCGCUCGGAUCCGUCGUGGUGGAGAGGGAGGCUGCGGGGGAAAAGUGGGCUGUUUCCUGCCAACUACACGAUCCAGCUGUGAGAAAACACCUGAGGCGAUGCACUUACUACGUCUGCACACUCACAGACUCGCCAUGCAGGAGCUUUGAUACGUGUUUUUGAACAUAAACACUGACUCAGCUAAUUUCAGCACCACGUGUUGAUCAAGAUGUCGGUGCCCAACGGAUUGUGAGUCAGUUAAUGUUUUACAAUAAUGAUCAAAUUAAAACUGAACAGAGGAGCAGAGACAGCCCCACAGGAACUUCCAGAAAACCUGCUGCAGUGUGGAACAAUUUAUCAUUUGUAUCGUGACACUUCUGACAGCAGGUAUUUAUUCACAAACUGCUCAUUGGGCGUUCUGCUGAAGAAUCCAACCGUCUCUGCUUGUGUCGUCAUAUUUUAUACCAGAAGGUUUUGAAUGAAAUGUUCAGAAGUCUGCAAGCUUUACAAACAUGUAUAACUUCCUCGCAAUAAAAUCUUUUUCUAAUCGCU